AUGGGCGGCUCGGGCCUCUGCACGGGCUGGCUCUUUGGCGCGGACGGCUACCUGCUCACCAACAACCACUGCAUUGGCACGGCGGCGGUCGCGGCGAGAACGUUGGUCGAGCUUGGUGCGGCCUGCGCGACCUGCAACGACCCGAGGAACAACGUGCAGCUGGCGUGCACGGGCACGGUCGCCGCGUCAAGCGUCGAGUUGAUCGCGACAAGCGUCGAGUUGGACUUUUCGCUCGUCAAGCUCAACCUCCUCCUGGACAUGGACCUCUCGAGCUACGGGUACCGGUACCUUCAAGCACGUGAGAGCCCGCCGACGCUGCACGAACCCGUUUGGCUGGUGGGCCAUCCCGGCGGCAAGCCAAAGCGGAUCGUAACCAUCACGGACGGCGGCACAACGGGCUCGAUCGUGUCGCUGAACGUCACCAACAGCUGCCGGAGCAACGAAGUCGGGUACCUCCUCCACACGCAAGGCGGCUCGUCGGGGUCACCAGUCCUGAGCCAGCGCGACAACAGCGUCAUUGCACUCCACAACUGCGGCGGCUGCAGCGCCAAGUCGCCGUCCAACGCCGGCAUCCCGAUCACACGCAUCCUCGCGUAUCUGCGAUCGAGUGGCGUCACGCUGCCACCGAAUGCCAUCAUGCCAACGCCAACGCCGACACCGACGACUACACCGACACCGACGCCGACAUCGACGCCGAUUCGACUUUGCACCACCUCGAACCGCGUUUUGUACGAGUACGACGCGAGCCUGUACCUCGGCAAACUCUACUUUCACACCAACGACCAGUUCGAGUUGGACGAAUCGACCGGCGCGGUCCGCGCCGCCAGCAACGGCCAGUGCUUGGACGCGUACUUGGACGGCAGUAGCUACCACCUCCACACGUACGUCUGCGACGCGUCCAAUGUCAACCAGCGCUGGACGAUCACCAACGGCCAAGUCCAGCACCGCACCCACGGCCUCUGCCUCACGACGGUCGCGGGGGCCAGCGCGAUCGGCGUCGCCGACUGCGACACCAGCGCCGAGCGUCAGUGGAUCUCGCCCACCAAUUGCCGGGCAAAGCAAGCGCGCAGUGCAUCUGUGCUAGGACGUCGACGUGAGUGA